CGCUGCAGCAAGCUAGCUGGGAAGCUCCCAGUUCUAAAGAGAGGCUGUUUACCAGAAGAGCAUAACAAGGGCAGGUCUGACUGCAAGGCUGGGACCGGGAGGCAGAGCUGCUGACAAGGGGACCCGGGUUGGACACUAAUUGGCCAGUCACCUGCAAGACCAAGGAGGUGAGGAUGCUGUUGGCCUGGGUGCAAACAUUCUUCAUCAGCAACAUGCUCCUAGCAAAAGCCUAUGGAUCUGGAGGCUGCUUCUGGGACAACGGCCACCUGUACCGGGCGGACCAGCCCUCCCCGGCACCGGGCCUCCGCUGCCUUAACUGGCUGGACGCGCAGAGCGGCCUGGCGUUGGUCCCUGAGUCGGGCGCCGGCAACCACAGCUACUGCCGGAACCCGGACCAGGACCCGCGCGGGCCCUGGUGCUACGUCAGCGGCGAGGCCAGCGCUCCUGAGAAGCGGCCUUGCGAGGACCUGCGCUGCCCAGAAACCACUUCACAGGCCUCCACAGCAGAAACGGAGGAGGCAUCUGAAGUGCCAGGCGAAGAUGAGAUGCAGGUAUUCGCACCUGCUAAUGCCCUCCCUGCCCGGAGCGAGGCAGCAGCUGUGCAGCCAGUGAUUGGGAUCAGCCAGCGGGUGCGGGCAAACUCAAAGGAGAAAAAGGACCUAGGAACCUUGGGCUAUGUGCUGGGCGUUACCAUGAUGGUGAUUAUCAUCGCCAUCGGAGCUGGCAUCGUCUUGGGCUACACCUACAAGAGGGGGAAGGACCUGAAAGAGCAGCAUGAACAGAAGGUGUGUGAGAGAGAGAUGCAGCGCAUCACCCUGCCCCUGUCUGCCUUCACCAACCCCACCUGUGAGAUUGUGGAUGAGAAGACCAUUGUGGUCCACACCAACCAGACUCCAGUUGACCUUCAGGAGGGCAGUGCCCCCCUCAUGGGCCGGGCAGGUACUCCUGGGGCCUGAGCCCCCACAGUGGGCAGAAGCCCAUGCAGACACUGGUGCAGGAUGGCCUAACCUCCUACAGCUGGGAGGAUCUACACUUUUUGUUGUGGUUAAAACCCGCCCCUCACUUUUUUUUUGGUGAAUCUUAAGACAAGCAGGUAGCACUGUGGGCUGAGGGCGAAGCUGGGUAGGGUCCUGCCAAUCCUCCUUCUCGAUCCCUUGGAGCAGGAUAUCGCCUAAAUGGAUGGAGACAGUGGCAGCCCCCACAGCAGUGCUGCUGACAAGGGUUUCCAAACAUUGCCUGUGCCCUGGAACUGAACCAGGGACGGACAGGGAGCUCCCCCAGGCUCCUCUGUGCUUUAUUAUGCAAGAUGGCCUCAGUCUCUCUCUCUCUGUUUGUUCUCUGUGGGCACACACUGUUAUUCAUAGUUCAGGUCAAGAGGCAGCAUU